AUGGAUGACGACUAUGCUGCAGUUAUAAUAGAUACAGGCACUGGCUAUACCAAGAGUGGGCUUGCUGGGGAUGAGAAGCCAAGAUCUGUUGUACCAAGCAUAGUUGGGGUGCCCAGGUACGACACCAACCCUUUGUACUACAUUGGAAAGAGCAUUCCACAGAAGAAAGCAGAGGUGAGUACACAUGUGGUUAUGACCCAUGGUGUGGUGACAGAUUGGGAUGCCCUAGAGAUGCUGUGGCACCAUGUGUUCUACACAGAGCUCAGUGUGUGCCCUGAAGAACUGGCUGUGCUGGUCACAGAUGCUCCCAUGUCCCCAACUACCAAUCGGGAGAAAAUGGCUGAGCUGCUCUUUGAGAACUUUGAAGUGCCAGCCAUGUUUGUUGCUCACCAGUCCCUUCUGUCAGUAUAUUCCUAUGGGCGCACAGGUGGUCUGGUGAUUGGCUCUGGCUAUGGGACAUCCUACACUGCUCCUGUCCAUGAUGGAUACAUCUUGCCUCAUGCCACCUACCGACUCGAUAUAGCAGGCAAUGCCUUGACAGACUAUUUGGCCAAGAUAAUGGGAGAAAGUGGGAAUCCUUUUCAAAAGGAUGAGAUGGAUGUGGUAUGUCAGAUCAAAGAGAAAUGUUGUUAUAUCCCUGAGGAUUAUGAGUCUGAACUGAAUGCAGAUGAGAAGAAAUACUUCAUGGACUACACUCUUCCUGACAGGCAAGUUAUUUCCAUUAGUAGUGAACGCUUUCGCUGCACAGAAAUUCUCUUCAAUCCUACCAUGCUAGGAUUCCCAGAGGUGGGGCUUCACGUCCAAGCCAUGAAUAGUAUCAAGAAAUGUAAGCCAGAGAGACAAGCAGAUCUGCUUUCUAAUGUUCUGCUGGCUGGUGGCACAACCAUGCUCCGUGGCUUCUCUGAGAGGAUUAAAAAAGAACUUCAGAAGAUGGAGCCAACAGGCAAAGUGGGCAUUCUGGCUUCCCCCAACCGAAUCUUUUCUGCCUGGAUGGGUGGUUCCAUCGUAGCCUCACUCAACUCCUUCCAGAAUAUAUGGAUCAACCGCCAGGCCUACAAUGAGAAAGGGCCCUUCAUUGUCCACCGGCACUGUUUCUGA